CAAUCUUCCACCCCUAAUGGCCUCACACCCACCAAUGGCCAUCCGCCUCUGGGCCGGAAACGAUCACGCGAUGGGACGCGACUACCAUUGAGCCAGGGAAAGACGAGUGAUGAUGGGACCGGCGCAGCGCAAAGCCCUCACGAUGAGGUUCUAUUAGAUCGCUACAUUCAACGCGACCUUUUGGCGGCCGCGGCGGCCAAUGAUCAGGCGCAAAGGUCGCGGGACUUGCUGCACGCCAUGGAACAGCGCAAGGCGGAAGCCGUCAUGGAGUUUGAGGAGCGAAGGAGAAACAUGCCACAACAACCACCACCUAUCAUGUACGCGAUGAAUCGACCACGACCUAACAAGCGGAGACAUCCCGAACUUGUGGUGAGGCGCAAGGACAACCUCAAACAAGCCGAAUUGCACGAGGAGCUGGUCCCGGUGCGCCUCGACUUGGAAUUGGAUAAGCUACGGAUACGCGACACAUUCACCUGGAACCUCCACGAGAAAAUCAUCUCGCAGGAUCAAUUCGUGGACUUUCUUUUGGAGGACCUCAAGGUACCGCAGGAAUCGCUGGCCGAGGUGGGACGACAGAUCCGCGCGGAGAUGCAGGAGCAGAUCCACAAUUAUUACCCGCAUAUCAUCGUCGAAGACCAACCGCUCGAGCCGACGCGCCCAUAUUUCGAGUACAAGGACGAUGAAAUGCGGAUUCAAAUCAAGAUCAACAUCACCAUCGGCCGGAUCACGCUCAUCGAUCAAUUCGAAUGGGAUAUCAACAAUCCGGAAAACUCCCCGGAGGAAUUCGCACGGCAGAUGGCUGGGGAGAAUGCGCUCAGUGGUGAAUUUACCACGGCCAUUGCGCAUUCGAUCCGGGAACAGAGCCAACUUUACACCAAGAGCCUCUUCCUCACCAAUCAUCCCUUUGACGGCCGACCGGUCGAAGAUCCUGAACUCAAGGAUGGUUUCCUCCCCGCACCAUUACACUCCGCCUUCCGACCGUCACAAACCCAAAAGGAUUUCCAACCGAUCAUGUGGGAGAUGAGCGAGGCCGAACUGGAUCGCAUAGAAACGUCCAUGCUGCGCGAGCAUCGCGCGGCGAAACGUCAGCUCAACCGACGCGGCGGACCGGCUCUCCCUGAUCUCAAGGAUCGCCAACGGACGAUUCGCUCCCUCAUCGUACACUCGGUCAUCCCUGGGGGUGUCGAGACUUUCGACACGACCGGAAUCCUCAAAAUUCGGAGGAGUGGUGUCGGACGAGGUCGCGGCCGGGGUGGUCCUCGCACAGAAGGCGCGGAGGGUGAUUCCGAUGAUGUGGACAGCGAUGAUUCCGGUCCCGACUCACCGGCGCCCUCGGCAGGCAUGGCGGGCACUGCACGGACCCGUGGUAUGCGUGGCGCCGCGGUGGCUGCGCAGGCUUCCUUGCGAGCUGGCUAUGGUCGCUCUCAAACGCCAGAUCUGCAAGUGGAGACACCAAGAGGUCCCGGCGGUCGGCGCAGCAUGCUCCGCGAGGAGAGUACCGUCGCCGAGGACCGGCCCGGCGACGGCGAGUCACUUGUCGUCAAGCUCAAGAUCAACAAGGCACGCUACAAGGCCUGGCUGGAUGCACACCGGGCGAAGAAACGCGCCAGCGAAUUUCCUCUCUCGGGCUACGCCUCCCAACCUUACCCAUCCUCAUCCGCUCCGACGUCACAUCCUCAAUCACACCAGCAACAAAGCGUCGCCACGCCUGCCCGCUCUAAUUCCGCCGCUCCUCCACCCCCACCCUGGCUCGAAACCGACCUCCAAACCCUCCACGAGCGGUACCUCGACGACGACCUCACAGCACACAUGCGCCCUUACCUCGUCGACCCAGCACAACCGACCCGCGCAUUGACCGUGCUCCCAGGCACGACCACCCGUCUGGAACCGGGCAUGCGCGCACCCCCCUCCCUUUCCCUCCCCGGCGAGACCUGCAAAAUCCAAUACCAGCCCCGCAUCCGCUGCAACGACUGCACCGGCAAGUGGUACAACGUCCGCAGGGGCAAGGUCGUCGAGGACUUCGAGGUCCAUCUGAGAAACCGGGGGCACAUGGAGAACGUCAAGGCGCGGUUG